AUGAUGUGAAACAUGUGGAUUUGUGAUAUGAAUUCAUUUGAAAAGCCUCUUUGGGGGUAUGACCAUGAUUUCUGAUGAAACCAGAUUGGAAUAAUUUUCAUGAUAUUUGUAUAUUUAUAUAUAUAUAUAUAUUAAAAUUUUACAUUUGACUUAAAGUGCCAUGAGAAAAUUUGCAUAUUGCAAGGUGGUUCUAGCCACCUCCUUGGUUUGGGUACUUUUGGAUAUGUUUCUGCUGCUGUACUUCAGUGAGUGCAACAAAUGUGAUCAGAAAAAGGAGAGAGGACUUCCUGCUGGGGAUGUUCUAGAGCCAGUGCAGAAGCCUCAUGAAGGUCCUGGAGAAAUGGGGAAACCAGUCGUCAUUCCUAAAGAGGAUCAAGAAAAGAUGAAAGAGAUGUUUAAAAUCAAUCAGUUUAAUUUAAUGGCAAGUGAGAUGAUUGCACUCAACAGAUCUUUACCAGAUGUGAGGUUAGAGGGGUGUAAAACAAAGGUGUAUCCAGAUAACCUUCCUACAACAAGCGUGGUGAUUGUUUUCCACAAUGAGGCAUGGAGCACACUUCUUCGAACAGUCCAUAGUGUCAUUAAUCGCUCACCAAGACACAUGAUAGAAGAGAUUGUUCUUGUAGACGAUGCCAGUGAAAGAGACUUUUUGAAAAGACCUCUAGAGAGUUAUGUGAAAAAACUCAAGGUGCCAGUUCAUGUAAUUCGAAUGGAACAACGUUCUGGAUUGAUCAGAGCUAGAUUAAAAGGAGCUGCUGUGUCCAAAGGCCAAGUGAUCACCUUCUUAGAUGCACACUGUGAGUGUACGGCAGGGUGGCUGGAGCCUCUCUUAGCCAGGAUCAAACAUGACAGGAGAACAGUGGUAUGUCCUAUCAUUGAUGUGAUCAGCGAUGAUACUUUUGAGUACAUGGCAGGCUCUGACAUGACCUAUGGUGGAUUCAACUGGAAGCUCAAUUUUCGUUGGUAUCCUGUCCCCCAAAGAGAAAUGGACAGAAGGAAAGGUGACCGGACUCUCCCUGUCAGAACACCUACAAUGGCCGGAGGCCUUUUUUCAAUAGACAGAGAUUACUUUCAGGAAAUUGGAACAUAUGAUGCUGGAAUGGAUAUUUGGGGAGGAGAAAACCUAGAAAUUUCCUUUAGGAUUUGGCAAUGUGGAGGAACUUUGGAAAUUGUGACUUGUUCCCACGUUGGUCAUGUGUUUCGUAAAGCUACACCUUACACGUUUCCAGGAGGGACAGGGCAGAUUAUCAAUAAAAAUAAUAGACGGCUUGCAGAAGUAUGGAUGGAUGAAUUCAAGAAUUUCUUCUAUAUAAUUUCUCCAGGUGUUACAAAGGUAGAUUAUGGAGAUAUAUCAUCAAGACUUGGUCUGAGACAUAAACUACAAUGCAAACCUUUCUCUUGGUACCUAGAAAAUAUUUACCCUGAUUCUCAAAUUCCACGUCACUAUUUCUCAUUGGGAGAGAUACGAAAUGUGGAAACAAAUCAGUGUCUAGAUAACAUGGCUAGAAAAGAGAAUGAAAAGGUUGGAAUUUUCAAUUGUCACGGUAUGGGAGGCAAUCAGGUUUUCUCUUAUACUGCCAACAAAGAAAUUAGAACCGAUGACUUGUGUUUGGACGUUUCCAAACUUAAUGGCCCAGUUACCAUGCUCAAAUGCCACCACCUAAAAGGCAACCAGCUCUGGGAGUAUGACCCAGUGAAAUUAACCCUGCAGCAUGUGAACAGUAACCAGUGCCUGGAUAAAGCCACGGAAGAGGACAGCCAGGUGCCCAGCAUUAGAGACUGCACUGGAAGCCGGUCCCAGCAGUGGCUUCUUCGAAAUGUCACCCUUCCAGAAAUAUUCUGAGACCAAAUUUACAGCAACAACAACAAAAAGAAAAAUGAAAGAAAAAAAAAUAAGGAUUGACUGGGCUACCUCAGCAUACGUUUCUGCCACAUUCUUAAGUAGCAAAAAAGGAGAAGUGUUGUCCUCUUCUGUGGGAUGUAAGGUUUAUCAGCCAUUAAAACUCAGACUCCUCUAGCUUUUCACUUGCUGUGAACCAGCCUUCCUGUCCCAGGACGUGAGACUGCAAAGUAGUGAGACUGCGCACACUGAUGUUUACAAGACUGAAGAGUCUUCAUCAAGAACAGUGGCGAGUGGCCUUCCGAUCCCAGACAGGCGCAGAAUGUGCUCUCUGGAUAGAUGCACCUUCCAUAGCGGUCGUGCACGUCAGCCGUGUCGGCUGAGUGUGCCUCCUGAAGAAGAGAUCUCCUGAUUAGAACCAGUAGCUGAAAUAUUAAAUAUUGAUAGAAAAGUAAGUGGAAAAGAACUGGAACCAGGUUCAGAAUCAUGAAAACAUUUUUACAACAAUAAAAAUUAUGUCAAACAGGGUUUAAAGGAAAUUAAAACAGAAUUAUGAGAAGUACAAUUUGUUAUAGUAUCAGAUUUCUAUAUAGAUUUUAUACCUCAGUGGGGGAAAAAUGAUUCCAGUGACAUUUAUUUUGUUUUCAUCUGUGAUAGUCAUAUGGAUGCUUUUAUUUUCCUUGGGGUGCUGAAAAUGAGAUGGGGGUGGAGCUCUGGACAUAGUUUUGAUUCUUUUUUACAAUAUUUUUAUUUGGUUUGUGGUCUGUUGGAAUUGUAAGUUUUAAUUGCCUUCUUUUAAAAAAAAAAUGGAGAUUUAACAUGCCUGGUCUCAAUUGAAACGUUAGAGAUAUCAGUUGCUCUUGGGUCAACUGGCUUACAGACUCUCUCUUACCCUGUCCCCCAACCUCCACACAGUUUCUUACCACAUUUUCAACUUUUUAACUUGACCCCCAGACUCCUGCUACUGACUCCAGAUUUGUCUCCACAGCAGCAGCUCCUCAGUUCCUGUGAGUCACUUCGCACAACUUACAAAGAGUGGUUGUUUAUUUGGGUUUAUGGAGAUUGUGGAUCUGAUGGGCUUUUUUGAAAACCUUUUCCACUCCACACAAAGAUGUGCUUCCCUGUCAGGUGCACAUUUAGAUUAAGUUUGAGUUGUGAUGUUGAUUUGCUGCUUUUUAUAAAAAAAAAAAAAUAAAAAUUGACUGAAAAUA